GGAGAGAAAAAGAGAGAGAGAGAGAGAGAGAGAGAGAGGAGCGCGGGAAAUCAAUUGUCUUUCCGUGUUAUUCGGGCGCUAUAAGAGGCCAUACUACCAAUUUCGUCUGAUCUCCCUGUCUAUUGAUUCGUCCAUUCCACUUCCACUUACAGACCGACGGAGAGAGCGCCGUUUCUAAGUAGGUACACGCCUACACAUCCAUCCAUCCAUCCAUCCCAUCCCAUCCCAUCCCAUCCAUCCCCCCCGUCCUCACGGCACUAGGGGAUGCCUCUCCAUGCUAGGCGCUCCUCCUUGUGCUUUCGUUUCGUGUCGGCCUGUUCGUGGCUCGUCGCCAGUGUGUUCCGCGCGCCCGUCCGCGUCUGCCACACCUCGCCCAAUCUACCCGUCUAUUCUCAUCGCCCAAUCCGUCGUCCGCCUAUCUGCCGUACCUCGAGAAACCCGUCAGACCUCCCCUCGCCCACCACCACCGCCAGUCGAGUAACCGCCCAACCAGAGCACAUGGCAAGGAUCGCGACCCGGUCCUGAUCCCGGUCUAUCGAGGAAAAUUAAUCGAUUGAUUGACCGACCGAAAGAUUUGCUCUUGCGACGGGCCGAGGGCAUCUUCUCUAUCGUUCUCUCGUCACCCUCUCCUCUCUCUGUCUUUUGUUUUAUUCGCUCUUAUAUUAUUAUUGAAAUUUUCUUUUUUGCUUUUUUUUCUCACACGCACGCACAUACAUACAUUACCUACAUAUAUAUACCUAUAUAUAUAUUUUAUGUAUAUAUAUUAAAAAAAGGAGCCUCUCGUCGCCCAGCGAGGGUCGCCCCUUCGCUGCUCACUUUUUGCUCGCCUGUUUAUACACCUCCUCUCCCCUCCUCCUCCUCUUCCUCCUCCU